AUGUCUGAGAAUUAUGCGGAAGACGAGUUUUACGCCGUUGAUUCCGGCAAGUCCAUAGGUUGGAUUGAUUUUUUGAACUUGAGCGCGGAGGAUGUUCUCCGGUUUAAUUUCGCAGAUGUUGACAUUGCAUUUGAGUUCUACCAGCAAUAUGCAAAGCACCAUGGCUUCGGCGCGAGACGUUCCAGAAGCGAAAAACGCGGCGAAGUAAGGAUACAGCACGAGUUCGUGUGCCACCGACAAGGGUUCCGAUCCCCGAAGUUCUACUCGAUGCCUAACCGGCAAAAGAGGCCGAGGGCCGAGACACGGUGUGGAUGCCAUGCAAGGAUGCUACUCCGCAUGGACGAUGAAUCAGGACGUUGGCACGUUGCGUUCUUUUCAGACGCGCAUAACCACCACGUUCUUGAGUUGCGAUUUUCUUCCAUGCUCCCGGGCCAUCGAAGGAUGAGCGAAGCGGACAUCGAGCAGAUGAACGACAUGCGCAAAGGGGGCAUUGGCGUCUCCCAAAUCCACGGUUUUAUGGAGAGCCUGGCCGGCGGGUAUCAUAAUGUCCCGUACACAACAAGGGACAUGCACAAUGUAAAUGCGAAGCAACGAAGAGAGGGUGGCCUAGAUGCGGAAUCGUGCCUAAGGUAUCUCCGAGAGUGCAAGGCAAAUGAUCCAGCACUGUACUACAAGAAAGUUGUUGACGGUGAGAGCGUGUUGCAACACUUGUUUUGGUGUGACGGCACCAGCCAAAUUGAUUACCAGGUGUUUGGAGACGUGGUUGCAUUUGAUGCAACGUACAAGAAAAACGUUUACCUUUCACCUCUUGUAGAAUUCUCCGGUGUGAAUCACCACAACCAAACGGUUGUCUUUGCCGCUGCACUGGUGGCAGACGAGAAAGAAGAGACCUAUGUCUGGCUGCUUCUGCAGUUGCAAACUUCAAUGAAAGGGAAGGCUCCCGUGUCCAUAAUAACCGACGAUGAUAGGCAAAUGAAGUCUGCAAUCGAGCAAGUUUUUCCAGAGGCUCACCAUCGACUCUGCGCUUGGCAUCUACUCCGAAACGCCACGAGCAACAUCGGAAAGCCCAAAUUCACCAGGAUGUUUAGGGAUUGCAUGCUCGGUGACUACGAGGUCCGAACAUUUCAGAGAAAGUUGUUUGAGAUGGUUGAGAAAUUUGGCGUGGCCGAUAAAAGAUGGGUACAGGACAUGUACGAGAGAAGGCACAGUUGGGCCACAGCACACAUACGGGGAAAGUUCUUUGCCGGAUUUCGAACAACAUCAAGGUGCGAGGGCUUGCACGCUGUGAUAUCACGGUAUGUUAAGUCUCGAUACAGCUACACUGAGUUUUUACGUCAUUUCCAUCGAUGCUUGAUGUUCGUGCGCGCAAAGGAGGUGGAGGCUGAUUUCGAGUGUGCAAAGGGUGACCCUGUUAUGACCACCAACCUGAAACAGCUGGAGCGGAGUGCAGCCGACAACUACACUCGUGCGAUAUUCUAUUUGUUUGUUUCCAUUUUUGACAGGACCUGUGCAAUGAGGGUGGUUGACUCUGAAGACAAUGGUUCCUAUUUUAUCCACACCGUCUCUCGAUACGACACUCCGGGGAAGGAUUGGCGUGUUGUUGCAACGUCUGAUACGAGGGAGGUCCGAUGCACGUGCAUGAGAAUGGAAUGUUUUGGGGUCCCUUCGAACAUAUAA